CCCACCUCCCCCUCCUCGAAACCGCUCAUCCUCAUCGACGUCCGCGAACCCGCCGAACUCAACGCCACAGGCAUCAUCCCCACAGCCGUCAGCGUGCCGCUGGCCUCGCAGCCCGACGCGCUGUUCCUCACGCCGGACGAGUUCGAGACGCGGUUCGGGUAUCCCAAGCCUGGGGUGGAGCAACCCGCCGCCGAACAAGCAGGUGCAGGUGCCGGUGCAGGUGCGGAUUCGUCGUCGCCGAUUGUCUUCUACUGUAAGGCUGGGGUGCGGGCGCGCGCGGCGGCGCAGUUGGCUGUGCAGGCCGGGUAUGAUGCGAAGCGCAUUGGGGUGUAUGAUGGGAGUUGGUUGGAUUGGGCGGAUCGUGGGGGGAAGGUGGAGCGGUGGGAGGGGGGGGAUGAUUAG